UUUCUCACAAUUCGAGUGCUAUUGACUGUGUUCGCAGACAAGGUUUGCGAGUUUUCCGUAAAAGACCAACGACCAACGUUUCCACUCUUCCUUUUCUACCAUGUCGUUCAUGAAAAAGACAGGCAAGGCCUUGGCCGACGUGAUUCCCGGCUUGGGCAAGUUCACGUUCGAUUCGGAUCUCGGCACGGUGUUUAUCACGUCCGGAACCGGAGUGAUUGGUUACCGUGUGGCGCUCAGUCUCCUCGAAGCGGGGCACAAGUCUGUGCGUGUCGGUAUCUGGUACGGUGAUCGUCAGAUUGGCGGUGACGACAAGUCCUUUGCGCAAAAGUGCGCCGAAACUCUCGAAGCCAAGGGCGCCGAAGUCGUCGACUUUGACUGGGGCAACGAAGCAAGCUUUGAAAACGCGCUCAGCGGCGCCAAGACGGUCUUCUGCACCAUCCCGCACAUGGAUCACUGGUCCGACGUCUUCCCUACCUUUCUCAAAAAGUCCAAGGAAAAGAAGGUCGAGCAUUUCAUCAAGGUCUCCUUCUUGCGCAAGGGCGCCGCGGCCGAACGCUACCGUUCCAACGUGCAGUUUGCCGAGUUCCACGGCACCUGUGACGACAUUCUCGAACACGCCAAGUCCGACUCGCGCAUUUCCUACACCAUCCUCUGCGCGUCGCAUCUCAUGAGUACCCCCCUUAUUCAUCAAGGAAAGAUGCUCCGCGAAGAUCACAAGUUCAUUACGGCGUCCUACGGGAUGGGAGUCAACUACGUGAGUCCCAACGAUAUUGCCGACGCUGCCGUGGUGGUCCUCAUGGACCGCAAAACACACCGCAACAAGGUCUACAAUCUCUCCGGACCUGGUCCCAUUACUGAUCGUCAAGUCAGUCGCCUCUUGACCGAAUUUUACGGCACAAACAUUCAGCACAUUGAAAUGGGCUACCACGACUACAAGAAGGAUGUCAAGGCCCGUGGCUUGCCCGAUUGGCUCGUACGGGACUCGGCGGAAUUUGAAAAAAUGAAGGCCUCCGGAGUCGACGAGCUCUCGAGCUCGUACUCGCCCGAUCUCGAAAAGAUUAUCGGCAAGAAACCGGAAACCUUCAAGGACUAUUUGCAGAACAAGUCCUGCAUGCGACCUGGUGCCACGUUUCCGUAACUAUUUGACGGAAUGGACGAAACUUACACGGACGGGUAGUGUUGGGCUGUCGUGGUUGGAGGUGGUGGACUGGGAAGGAUGGAAAGAGUAGUCUGGAUAGCAAAAGUGUCGGUAUUGUACCAGAAAAACACAACUUUGAUCAUGCGUUGUGGGACGAGGAAAGUGUCCAACGAGCUUCGACGAUGAUUGAAUUGUCGUUGCAUGUGGCCACGGCUGUAUUGUUGGUGCUGUUGGGCUGGGCGUUGGGUUUACUACACUCGUGAUGUGUGAAACGGACUGGGCGGCUGGUGGCGGUACAAGCGUUUAGUCUAGAGUAUACGUAAAAUAUAAGCAGUAAAUCGAAAAAA